ACAGGGAGGAGUGAAACUUUAACUAGCAAGUUCAGAGAUUGCCAUGGCGGUGCUGGAGACAGUAGAAGCAGUGCUGAAGGGCCAGGGCAGCUUGCAAGAUGUGGAGCAAGUUGUGCAAAACAGUGGCAGGCCGCCUCAAUUGGAUGCCCUGAUGGCCGCAAUAAAGGCCCGGAGCCUUCCGAUGGUAGAGCUUUUAUUGGAGCGAAAAGCAGAUGUAAACAGUCAGGACAGCAAAGGUGUCAGCCCUUUGCACAUGGCUGCCUUUGAGGGACGACCGAAUUUGGUGCGGCUGCUGCUGAAGACUGGGGCAGAUCCAAACUUGAGGGACCGCCAUGGGCAAUCGCCCAUUUUCUUUGCUCCCACGCGUCAAGUAUGUGAAAUGCUCAUCUUCAGGAAGGCAGACCUUGCCGUAAUCAAUGCAAAGAAACAAACUCCUUUACACUUCGUAGCUCAUGCUGGGCUCCACGAUGUGGCUGGAUCUUUCCUUGAGACCUUUCAGCCCUCAGCUUUGGAUGCCCCAGAUGUGGCUGGGCAUUCGCCGCUGCUUUACGCCUCGAAGUCGAAGGUUAAGACAAUUCAUUCAUUUCUCAAAGCAUUCGCAGAUGGCGCAGAGGCCACUGCAGAAGCACCAGCUCCGGCUGAAGUGAAAGAAGAAGCAUUCGACGAGCAGACGUCUCUCAGGAUUCCGCCAGUCCACGUGGAAAGUGCAUUGGAGCUCAAACCCGACAAAGAAGUUUUGGCGACGCCUCAGACCAAAUGUCCAUCAGGGCAUGACCUGGUGCCCUUUGAGACUCCAGAGGAUGACUUCUUAUGUAGUGUUUGUGAGUGCGAGUUUCCGAUGUCGACCAUUUUGUAUGGAUGUCGCUCUUGCGACUAUGACCUUUGCAGGGAAUGCUUGGCACACACGGUCUUCCAUCAAUCAGGUAGAGAUUUUGUUGCUGCAUUCCCGGAACUCCAAGAGAUGAGUACGUUUGGCGAGAGUGGCAAGUCCUUGCUGGUAGGCACCGAGGAAGACCUUCAACCAAAGACCGAGUCGGAACCGGAUUCUUUUGCUUCCCAGCAGUUCUUCGCGGAGGAGGCAUUAGGUAGCAUCACGGAGGAGAAUGGCUGUCUAUUUUGGCAAGUCCUCCUGAAAAAGGAAACUGCCACCGACAAGUAUGGCUUCGCUCAGGCCAACGGCCGGCUGGAGUUUGAGAUGCGCCAAGGCAAAGCCAAGCAGAUCCUGGAGGGUCCACACAUGUUGGUCGUGAAGCGGGUUUACUCCACUGGUCUGCUUGCCAAAUGGAACGAGCGAGUGCCACAACUAGAGGUCAAGCCACAGGAUCGGAUCAUUGCAGUGAAUGAUGAGAACACAGCGGAGGGUAUGGCAAAGGAGAUUCAUCAGCCGCGGAUAUUUCUUCAGAUGAUGAGGUUCCCUGAGCGCUUCAUCGUAGCUCUGAGCAAAGAGAACGGGGUGAAGUUGGGCUUCCGCUUUGAGCGGCCGCAAGGCAACUUUGCAGAGGAGGUGCGCAUCACCGAAGUGAUGGAGGAGGGUGUGACUUGGCAUGAGCAGCUAAAUAGGUGUGCUUGUUCAUCAAUGAUUUAGUGGGCACAUAUUGAGAUGAGAAAUGCGCGGCAACAUGUUGCCCAUCAAGAUAUCAUGGCAUGAAGCUUUGCCUGAAGGCUUAAGGUGGUUUGGCGAAGCUUCCUUAUAUGUGCAAAACUUCUUUAUGGCGGGUUGAGACACUUGUGCUGGCUGAGGUGCUUCUGAAUAGUGUAAUGCUGCGUUCAGCCCAGGGCUAGGGGAUUGCUUGGGCGGACCUACUGUAAGCCCUUUGUGCAACCGAGUCUAAAGGGACUUUGCGCGUGACUCAAACGACUACAGACGGUGAUUCAGCCACUUCGACUUUGGUAGCGCUCGCAGCUGCAGCAUUCGAGGCCAUGAUGGCUUACAACAAGACGCAAGUCAAUUUGGGUCGAUAUGCCUUUGUGGUAUUGGCAGAUAUGCGAAUUGAUCGUGUGAAUGAUGUGUGGGGUGAUGCAGAACUCAUAGCUGCAGAGCUCAAGUCCGCAACCAACGUGGAGCUUUAUAUCCGCCGAGCUGAGCAUGCUGGUUCACCCACAGCUUAAUUAAUACAACGCUUUCAGCUGAGCAUUAGCUCACCAUGCUUUGAAGUUUCUGUGUUUCCGUGAGCUCCACUAUUGGUCACACUCGUGUGUGUGUGUGUGUGUGUGGGGUUGUGUUUGUUUGUGUGUCUCCAGAGCACUGUAAAGACAAGCAAGAAGGUAGCUAAGUAGGAGCCACCAAUGGCUCCAUAUUUUGAGGCCAAGCCUCAAAAACUGAGACGUCCUGACGUUCUGUUUUCUCACCCCUGAGACCGACUUCAAGCUCUCUCUUAAGGAGACGUAG